UUCGUGAGCUAAUCUCAAACAGUCGUUGUCCUCUCUCUGUCCGAGCACAUUAGCUUCUCUGAUGCUGAAUGAAUUAUUUACCGAUGCUUUCUAGAUUCGAGCACCGAUAAAUGACUCAUCACUUUCAUCGAUAACAGCUGAGAAGUCUUUGUUCGUGGUGUUUUUUGGUGAUUCGUUAAUUGCUGCCCCGGGGAGGCAGGAGUCCCGGACGAGUGGUACGGACAUCGCCGACGGAGACCGGCGGAGCGUUCCCCUUUAAACACGGUCUUAUGACUGCAGGCUGCCUCAGUGAGACGGACCGACAGCCGGGGACAAGAGGACACUUCUCCCGCUGCACAGGCUGGAGGGUCGCUGGACUCACACGGAUUCACCUCAGCUGUCUGCAGGAUUUUGUUUUCCAGACCACCUGUUGCACCCUGAGGACACUUCCCCUCCUGCAGCUCUGAGGAAAUGCGUCGCCUGCCGGUGGCUUCACUCCUUAUUUGCUUCUGGUUGGUGGAGAGGAGCCACUGUAACGGCAGCCUGCAGGAGAGCAUGGGAGUUCUGCACACCAGGUUCGCCCUCAGCCUCUACCAGACUCUUACCGAGACAGAGAACAACUCCAACCUGAUCGUGUCUCCUGUGAGCGUCUCCUUGUCUCUGGGGCUGCUGCAGUUCGGGGCCAGGGGCAACACGCUGGCUCAGCUGGAGGGGACUCUGGGAUACAACGUCAACGACGCUCAGGUACAUGACCUGCUGUUGCACUCCCAGGGUGCCGUGAGCAACACCAGCCAGGGGAUGUGGCUGCAGCAGACGUGCACGUUAUUCAUCCAGAGCGGUGUCCAGCUCCUGACUGAGUUCACACAGCACGCAGCCGUCUGGGCCAACACCAGUGUGGUCCGAGCCAACUUCAGCCAACCCAACCACACCCGCAGCCUGCAGGAGAGACCGGUCCACAACCACGACGAGACGUGGCCCCUCCAGGCAGGCAGCAGCAGCGGGGAGCUGUCGGGUUCGGGCGAGGCCCAGACGGAGGCUCUGUGGUGGGGCCACCAGCAGCAGAUGGCCCUGGUCAACACGGUGGCCUUCAGGGGCAUCUGGCAGAAACACUUUCUCUUUACCAACACCCAGAACCUGCCCUUCACCCUCUCAGACGGGAGCGCCAUCAAGGUGCCCAUGAUGUACCAGGCCACAGAGGUCAGCUUCGGUCAGUUCAGGACGGCAUCAGACCUGCGCUACACCGUGUUGGAGCUGCCUUACCUGGGCCGCUCCCUGAGUCUGCAGGUGGUCCUGCCCAGCGAGAGGAAGACGCCGCUGUCCUCCCUCGACUCCCAGCUCAACGCUCGCCAGUUGGCGUCCUGGGACACCGGCCUGCGCAGAACCAAGAUGGACAUUUUCCUGCCCAGGUUCAGGAUGCAGAACAAGUUCAACCUGAGGUCGGUGCUUCCUGCCAUGGGCAUCAGUGACGCCUUCAACCCGGCAGCGGCUGACUUCACUGGAAUCUCAGUGGAGGAGGGUCUUUAUGUGUCUGAUGCUUUCCAUGAAGUGAGGAUAGAAGUCACAGAAGACGGGACAAAGGCAGCUGCUGCCACAGCUAUGGUGCUGCUGAAACGAUCCCGUGCUCCUGUUUUCAAGGCGGACCGGCCGUUCUUAUUUCUGCUGCGACAGGUUAACACAGGAUCCGUCUUAUUCAUGGGCCGAGUGAUGAACCCAGCGGACCAGGCACCCUGAAACUCAGUCACACACACACGUUUAAACCCCGACCCCCUAUUUCACUACUGGUAUUUAUUUGUGGACCAACAGGAGGGUCCACGGACACUUCAGGAAGAGGGACAAUAUUUUUGUACAUAUAUGUAAAUAAAAUUUUAAUACAUGUUUUUACAUUUUUGGCUGUUUUGAUCCUUUUCUUCCAUUAUUGUGGAUUAAAAAGUCUAAUUUCUUCCUGAUGCACAAACACACAGAGUCACAUCUUUACAUAACACUUUAUUUACAUGGCCUUUCACAGUGUAAAAUAGAAACUUUAUUCAUGGAAAUACUUACAAAAAGGCCAUUUUACGCAGGACAUUCUCUUUAAAUAGUACUCUAGGGUUAUUUACAUCUUUACAGUGUAUUCAAAAUACUCUUUUGGUAGCGGCCUCUUCACAAACAAAGACAAGUAUGGCAGAUUUUGGUCCCUGUCCGAGGGGGGGGUGGGGGGGGGGGACAGAAAAAGGGCGGCCCCCUGAAUCAGAAAUCGACUCUUGACCUUAGUUCAGAUUAUUUGUGUAUAUUUGAGAAAAGUGAAAAGCCCCGACUGAAGUUUGUUGGAGGAGAAAAAAAAAAA